UUAUGACUUUUGACUGAUUUCGAUUUGUAAUUUGUUUACAAUGCAUAGACAAACCAAAUUAUGCUUAUAAGCCAGUUUGACUAGUUUUAGCCAAAACACCCGCUUUAGAGUUUUGGCCUCUAUAUAUAUAACAUCAAUAUGUACUGAGUGAUACGAGUAAAAACAAAAGCAGAUAAGAAAAGGGUUGCAGGAUCCAAUUAGAAAAGAGUUUUUCCUCCCUUUUUUUGUCUUCAUUCCCACAUUUGUCUUUCUUAUAUAUACUGUUACCACUCAGUUGGGAUACUGUUAUAUUCUUUGUUUCUUUUAGAGCAAUUAAUAGUAACAUGGAGAAACAGAAUGAGGGAGUUCAAGUAGUGGAGGAUGGAAGUGAUUGUUUGUUGAGAAAAACCGAUGCACCUUUAUUUGCCUGGCCAUGGAAAAACAUAGGCAAUUGCAAGUAUUUGUUAUAUGGACCAUUUCUUGCAAAAUUUAUACAUUCUAUGUAUUGGAAAGAGAGCAUGGAGGACAUCUGGUGCUUGCAUGUUCUUAUCUUGUGUGCUCUGAGAGGCCUAGUUCAUCAGCUAUGGAGCACUUACAAUAAUAUGUUAUAUCUAAAUCGCACACGACGUGUGUCUCAGCAAGGCACAGAUUUUGAGCAAAUUGAUAAUGAAUGGCAUUGGGAUAACUUCCUUAUACUUCAAGCGAUUGUUGCAGCGUUCGUCUACUUGAACUUCCCUUCACUGGCCAAUAUUCCCCUCUGGGAUGUAAGAGGGGUUAUUUCUUGUAUUAUAAUUCAUAUAGUGAUCUCAGAGCCACUGUUCUAUUGGCUGCACAGAUUAUUGCAUUCCCCUCUUCUCUUUCCUUUGUACCACUGGCAGCAUCACGAGUCUAAAAUUACACACCCCUUUACUGCUGGACAUGCAACAUUUCUGGAACAUCUUUUGCUCUGUGUGGUUGAAGGAAUUCCAACCCUGGGCACUGCAUUUAUUGGUUACGGAUCAAUAAGCGUUAUGUACGUUUAUGUUCUGGCAUUUGAUUUCUUAAGAUGUUUGGGACACAGCAAUGUUGAGAUCUUUCCUCGUGGUCUCUACCAGCGCGUUCCACUACUUAGAUAUGUUAUUUACUGCCCAUCAUACCACAGUCUACACCAUCAGGAAAUGAAGACAAAUUUCUGCCUCUUCAUGCCUCUCUAUGAUAUGUUGGGAAAUACUUUAAAUACUGCAUCUUGGAACCUUCAAAAAGAAAUAAGUUCAAGGACAAGUGCAGAUGAAAGAGCACCAGAUUUUGUGUUUCUCGCGCAUAUUGUUGAUAUUAUGUCAUCGAUGCAUGCCCCAUUUGUUUUCCGGUCAUUCAGCUCAGUGCCUUUCUCCACAAGGCUCUUCUUGUUACCGAUGUGGCCUUUUACCUUUGUGGUCGUGCUUAUUAUGUGGCUGAAGUCCAAGACUCUCUUAUUCAGUUUUUACAACAUAAGAGGGAAACUCAACCAAACUUGGGUUGUGCCCAGGGCUGGUUUUCAGUAUUUCUUGCCCUUUGCUGCAGAAGGAAUAAAUAAGCUCAUUGAAGAAGCCAUUCUUAGGGCUGAUAGACUCGGUAUCAAAGUCAUCAGCCUUGCUGCACUAAAUAAGAAUGAAGGUUUAAAUGGUGGUGGGACACUCUUUGUCAACAAGCAUCCGAACCUCAGAGUCCGAGUAGUCCAUGGAAACACCUUGACAGCUGCUGUGAUCUUAAAUGAGAUUCCUCGAGAUGUGAAUGAGGUCUUCUUAUCAGGUGCUACUUCUAAGCUUGGAAGGGCCAUUGCACUCUACCUUGCUCGUCGAAGAGUCAAGGUUCUGAUGCUCACUCAGUCCACUGAGAGGUUCAUGAAAAUUCACAUAGAAGCUCCUGUUGAGUGCCAGAAGUAUCUGGUUCAAGUGACAAAGUACCAAGCAGCUAAACAGUGUAAGACUUGGAUUAUUGGAAAAUGGUCUACCCCUAGAGAGCAGAGCUGGGCUCCAUCAGGAACUCAUUUUUAUCAGUUUGUGGUUCCUCCUGUCAUUCCUUUUCGCAGAGACUGUACCUAUGGCAAGUUAGCUGCAAUGAGACUCCCGAAAGAUGUCACUGGCCUAGGAACUUGUGAGUAUACAAUGGGAAGAGGCAUAGUUCAUGCUUGUCAUGCGGGCGGGCUAGUUCAUCUUCUUGAAGGUUGGACACACCAUGAGGUUGGAGCUAUCGACGUUGAUCAGAUUGAUGUUGUGUGGGAUGCUGCAUUAAAGCAUGGGUUGGAACCGUUGUAUAAUUCAAGAUAGUAAUACCAUAUUCUUCUAAACACACCUUCAUAACCUAAAAGGUUUGGAUCGUUGCUAAGUCCAUAGAUAUAAAGUCUUCCAAAUAUUCUUUCACCAGUCACUGCUCUGUAAGCUGAAUAUAGAAAAUAUACUACAGUAUAUAUCAUUGUAAUUCCUCAGAAUCACUAUUAAUGUAAAAUGAAUGGGAUCUCAGCUACCAGAUUACUGCCAAGUUUCAGAGACGGGCAAGAUUUGCUAUUUGAUACGUGGUAUAUCGGAGUUAUUAUCUGAAGAAAUUCUUCUAUGAAUACUCGA